GAAUGCUUCUUCACAAUCUCCUUUAUUCUCCUUUCCUCCAAAUACUCAGUUUGGUCUUCUUUCAGAUGCAAGAUAACCUUUGUUCCACGACCCAUUGGUUCAAAGUUUUAUGAGCAGUUCUCAAAAAACAUAAAGCUUGGAAUUCAUGAAGACUCUCAAAAUCGGAAGAAGCUUUCAGAGCUGCUUCGAUACUACACAUCUGCUUCUGGGGAUGAGAUGGUGUCUCUGAAGGACUACUGCACCAGAAUGAAGGAAAACCAGAAGCACAUCUAUUUUAUCACAGGUGAGACCAAGGACCAGGUUGCUAACUCAGCCUUUGUGGAACGUCUCCGAAAGCAUGGCUUAGAAGUAAUCUAUAUGAUUGAGCCCAUUGAUGAGUAUUGUGUACAACAGCUGAAGGAAUUUGAGGGUAAGACCUUGGUGUCUGUUACCAAAGAGGGACUGGAACUUCCAGAAGAUGAAGAGGAAAAGACGAAACAGGAAGAGAAAAAGACAAAAUUUGAGAACCUCUGCAAAAUUAUGAAAGAUAUUUUGGAGAAAAAGGUUGAAAAGGUGGUUGUAUCAAACCGACUGGUGACAUCCCCAUGCUGUAUUGUCACAAGCACGUAUGGGUGGACAGCAAACAUGGAGAGAAUCAUGAAAGCUCAAGCCCUCAGAGACAACUCAACAAUGGGUUACAUGGCAGCAAAGAAACACCUGGAGAUAAACCCUGAUCACUCCAUUAUUGAAACCUUAAGGCAAAAGGCAGAGGCUGACAAGAAUGAUAAGUCUGUAAAAGAUCUGGUCAUCUUGCUGUAUGAAACUGCACUCCUGUCUUCUGGUUUCAGUCUGGAAGAUCCUCAGACCCAUGCUAACAGGAUCUACAGGAUGAUCAAGCUUGGUCUAGGUAUUGAUGAGGAUGAUCCUACUGUGGAUGAGACCAGUGCUGCUGUAACCGAAGAAAUGCCACCCCUGGAAGGAGAUGACGACACAUCACGCAUGGAAGAAGUAGACUAAGCUUCACCAAAAGUGUUUGAUGCUUACCUUCAUUCCUUCUGAUAAUAUAUUUUCCUUGAUUUUUGUUUAUUUUUGUUAACAUUUAAAACAUCUGUGUGGCAUGACAACUAAGGGGAAGAUAAAAUUUCUACAUGUGAUACUGUGAUACUAUAGGUUUGACUCAAGAGGUUGAUAGAACGUUUGUAAGACAUAACCUGUUAAUGUUAACUGUGUGGUCUGAAGUGUUUAGCUGUUGAGCUGGAUUCCUUAGUAGACCAAAUUAAGAUGGCUUCAGUUACAUCUUAAAGUUUUCAUUCCCUGUAGUUAAUUCUGCAUGUACUAGUCUUAGAAGUAAACACAAGUUAAAACAACUUGACAGGAAUUCCCCAAGUGGCUUGUUUUCCAAAGUACC